AACAAGACAAGCUCCCCAAAUUCCAAAGCCUUCUGUCUCCCUCUCUCUCUCUCUCUCUCCUGUGUUUUGAAAAGAACUCGAACAGCUCCAGUUCUUGCACGGAGGCCCACACGCUGCUUCGUCACGCUGUACACAGGCCUCAAGACUCUCAGCGCUGCUCGGAAGACGUCGAUGGCGAGAGAGCGAGGAUUGAGCUGGGGCGGCGGUCAUCAGUGGCCGCCGACCGGAGCUCCUCACUACCACCACGUCCACCACCCCCACCACCCCCCUCGUCACGACCCCAGCUCGUUGACGACGCCGGGCGUCCGCGACGCCGGGAGCCAGUACGAGUACGACUCCGUCAACGCGGUGUCCUUCGGCUUCGUCGCCACCGCCGUCCUCGUCUCCAUGUUCUUGGUCAUGGCCCUCUUCGAGAAGUUCCUCCGCCCCUCCCCCUCCCUCUCCCCCUCCGGCAGCGCUCGGCGGCGCGAGGAUCUGGAGGCCCGGAGCCUCGCCGGGAAACUCGGCCACCCAUCUCCCAAAAUGACUCUGUAUGAUGAUGGAGUUUCGGUGCUCAUGCCGGGGGACGACUUGCCCUCAUACAUCGCCCACCCAGCUCCGGUGCCUUGCUCCCGGGAGAACAUCUUGUGGCCUUAUCACCGACCCGAUGCCCCAUCUUGAUCGCCUCGCCGGCUCAUGCUCGGUCACCACACGAUCUCCCGCUGUCAGCACCCAUGGCAU